GAGAGAGAGGAGGGUGGGGAAUCAGAGGGAGAGCGAGGCGUGCUCAGACUGAGAGUCUGACUCUGAGAGGAAGAAAGCUGGUGAAGGUUCACUGUUGUUUUUCCUGCCUCACAUACAAAUAUCCUCCACAGAAGGGAUACUUUUUUUUUUUUUUUAAUGUUCAUUUGUUUUUCUUACUUUGUGGAUUUUUAUGGAAGUUGGACUAAAGCUGAAAAGAAAAACUCUUUCUUGAACUUUUGUGAGUGGACUUAAACUUCUAAUAACUGGAUCUGAUUUACAGUUGAUUCACAGCUCUGAUUCUUCGGAAGUCAACAUCUGUGGUGGUGGAGUAUUGUUUGCCUUUGACAUGGGGUUCGAGAAGGAUCUACUUAUUCUCGGAUUAGCGUGUCUGCUGGGAAAAUGUGUAUCUGAAUGUCAAUUUGGCUACGUCCGAGGUGAUGAUGAUAUAUGUUUGGAUAUGGAUGAGUGUGUAGAAUACCCACUUCCAUGUGGGGAAAACACAAAUUGCUUCAACACGAAAGGCAGCUACUACUGUCAGUGCCUCCCUGGGUUCAGAAACAAUCGUGGGGGCGUAAACUUUACGGGAGUGGAUGGACAGUGCCAAGAUGACAACGAGUGUAACGAGAGCGACAACAUCUGUGGCAACAGGGCUUACUGCACUAACCUGAUCGGGAGCUACUACUGCACCUGCCACGUUGGGUACAUCAACAUCAGUAACAGCAGCAGCCCUGGACAAUGCGAAGAUAUAAAUGAAUGCAAGAUCGCGAAAGAUAACAACGAAGACAUCUGUGGAAAGAAAGGAACUUGUCAUAAUGUUCUUGGGAGUUAUUGGUGCAUUUGCCAAGAAGGAUACACCAAUUACGGCAACAAAAGGACGCCGUGCUCAGAGCUUGACUGUAACAGCUUCGGUGGCGACGAUGAAGCUGCACAAUCGCUCGCAGGCCUGGCAGACAUUUUGUCCAUGAUGAGAAACAGCUGUUUGAGUCUGUCUAACCCAAGCUCUGCUGGUGUAGGGAAGGUUGAUGGAGAGGCGCUACUGGAGAAACUUUUCACGGCCACUGAGGUGAUGCUGUCUCCCAGACAACUGAACAGCAGCGACGGUGUGAGCGAGUUGCUCGGCACAAUGGAGAACUCUAUUUUGCUCAUCGGUCCUCAGCUCAAAGGCAACCACACCAAGAUGGAGACCACAGAGACUGAUGUAGAGAUUGCUGUUCAAAGAGGAAAGACCCGACCAACUGGACCAAUCCGUCUGAUCAAUGAAAACGCUAGCCUCGACACCGACUGGACGACAGCAGCUGGGACAGGAACAUACCCCGGUUUUGCUCUGGCCGCAUUGUUGACCUACAAAAACCUUGAGCAAUCCAUGAACGAGUCUUUUGAGGAUUUCAAAGAAUAUCAAAAAGAUGGUAUGGAGCCGUCCUUCCAGGUCUCCUCUAAAGUUGUAUCUGUUGUGGUCUCCAACCCGUCCACUCAGAAACUGAAUCACCCUGUUAAAAUCACCCUCAGACAUCUAGAGGAUGAAGCGGAGUCCCCUCGGCUGCGCUACAUCUGCGCAUACUGGAAUGAAAAAGGAGUCUGGUCCACAGAUGGUUGCUCACCAGAGUACUCUAAUGCCACACACACUUCUUGUACGUGUAAACAUCUGAGCAGCUUUGCUGUGCUCAUGGCCCUUUACCCCAUGGAGCACACCUUUGGGCUCUUGCUGGUGACCAAGAUCGGGCUGACCAUCUCCCUGCUGUGUCUGAUAUUCUGCAUCCUGACGUUCAUGUUCUGCCGAUCCAUACAAGGGACUCGCACCACCAUCCACCUGCACCUCUGCAUCUGCCUCUUCUUUGCUGAUCUCAUCUUCCUGGCUGGCAUUUCACAAACUAAACCUGAAGCCGGAUGCAGGUUUGUUGCAGCGAUGCUUCACUUCUUCUUCUUGGGCGUUUUCACCUGGAUGCUGUUAGAAGGGGUGCAGCUGUACCGCAUGGUUGUCCUAGUGUUCAACGCCACCAUCCGGCCUCUCUACCUGUAUAUCACGGGUUACGGGGCACCUCUUGUUAUCGUCACUCUGUCUGGCAUCAUUAGACCAACGAGAUACGGCACUAACGAGUACUGCUGGCUAUCCCUGAAAGACGGCCUCAUCUGGAGCUUCUACGGCCCCGUGUGCUUCAUCAUUUUCCUGAAUGUCUUUUUCUUCAUCGUCACUGUCUGGAAACUCGCCCAGAAGUUCACCAGCCUCAACCCAGACCUCUCCAAACUGCACAAAAUCAAAGCGUUCACAGUGACAGCUAUAGCCCAGAUGUGCAUCCUGGGUCUGAUGUGGGUGUUUGGGGCCUUCUUGUUUCAAGAGGGACCAGCAGCAGUGGCAUACAUCUUCACGAUCCUCAACAGCCUACAGGGUGCACUGGUCUUCAUCAUGCACUGCCUGCUGUCUAAACAGGUGAGAGACGAGUACGCCCAUUUCCUCUCUUGUAUCUGCACGCCACAGAAAAAGAGAUACUCGGACUUCAGCACCACCAAUCCCUCCAGCAGUCAGUCGCAGGGUUCUCGAAGUGGGCAGCACACCGGAGAAUCACAAAUUUGAGGAGCUGUUGUUUUUAAUUCUCCCCCAAAGACAGACUAUCACACCUUUAGCCUAUCUGGGCCCUCAUUUUAAAGGUUUGAAUCACUUCAAGUAAAAAUUCAGCCAUUUAUUUCUUCACCUUUACGUCAGUUUAAACUCCACUGAAAGCAGUGACUCUGUACCUGGGGAUGGCAGAAUACAUUCUUUGAUUUGUGAGUUAGGAAAGAAGUAAAAAUGGAUUUCUGAUACACAAGGUUUUAUUAGUGUGUCGGAGUUUUCACAAAGGUUUUCAUGUCAAAAUGAAACAUCACUGUUUGGUACUGUGGAUCUGCAAGCAGGUAUUACUUGUUUUUAUGAAGUUCACCCACCACAUCAGUAGUUUACCGCUGCAGAUGUAAUUAUCCGCCCUGUGGUUGAAGUUCAGUCCUUUCAGCACCUAAUAUAAAUAGUGGGACCAAAUUCUUUUACAACUUUAAAGCCAUAAACCUAAAUCCAUGAAACUGAAUCACACCAUCAGCCAAUCAGUUGUAUUAAGGGUCAUAAGGUCUGGCAUUUACCUCAUUUAUUUAGUUAUUUUCCUUACUGAUCGUGUUCUGCAGCACUCUCUGUAGAUGGAGUUGUAUCGAUAAAGACUGAUUUUUAUUUGUGUUACUUAUGUGGCAGCAGGCAAGAAGAAGCCAACUGUUAAAAGUGUUUAUUCACAGGCUGAAGAAGUGAAGCCCAUCGGUUCAUCGAUGAACAUAUCACAAUCGUAAAAUAAGCUGUAUUCCCUUCAAAGUGAUUCAAAGUGAGACUAAUAUAGAUAUAUUUAUUUUAAAGUGCAGACAGCGAAGCCGAAAUUAUGUCGGCUGCAAGAAAAUAUGAGUAGCACAAGAAAACAGUUUGCACUCUAUUUUAUAUAAAUGUUUAAUGUAAAAAUAAGGAUGGGCGUGCUUUUUUUUGUUUAUGGGAUCUUCUCAGAUAACUUUUUUUUUUCAUGUACUGUAUUCAACAGUAUGUUGUGAUGGGAAAGAAACAACUGACUGAUGAUACAAAUUACCCAUGAAGUGCCUCUGAGUUUGCUCAUGUUCCCAU